CCGCGGCUCGCUCGCUCGCUCGCUCUUUUUUUUUUUGCCUCAGCUCUCGGCGUGGGGCGCGCGCGGGGGAGCAGGCCGGCCGCGUCUCACGCGAGGCGGCCCCGCGAGCGCAGCGCAGGCGGAGGUUUCUUCGCCUUUCGCCGGCCCGGGACCAGGAAACUCGUGCGGGAGGCGGCUUGGCGGCCCGGUUCCUGAUCGGGCGGCCGAGGCGGUCCGGGCGUGACUCGCUUCCUUCGGGGGGUCUUCUUUCAUCCUCCCCCGCCGCCACCUCCUCGGCCCCCACGCCGUCCUCUCUCCGCCCCGGGCGCGUGGUCUGUCUGGGGGAGGCGGGCGCGUGCGGACAGCCAUGCACUAGGCAGGGCUGCUCCCCUCGCCUCAUGCGCCUGGGGACCCCGGAACGCUGCCUCGGGGCCACCGCCUGCCGCCGCUCGCCGAGCAGCCUGAGCCGGAGCUAGGGUCGGAGGCGGAGGAGCCGGAGGCAGGCCGGGGCGUCGAAGCUGCCGGCGGAGCAGCCAUGUGGGGCUAGCCCGCGCCGCGCCUGGCCUGCAGCGGAACCGGCAACAUGGAGGCGGCCGUCGGAGCCCCGGACGGCGGGGACCAGGGCGGCGCGGGGCCCCGCGAGGACGCGACGCCCAUGGACGCCUAUCUGCGGAAACUGGGCUUGUAUCGCAAACUGGUAGCCAAGGACGGGUCGUGCCUGUUCCGGGCCGUGGCGGAGCAGGUGUUGCACUCUCAGUCUCGCCAUGUUGAAGUUAGAAUGGCCUGUAUUCAUUAUCUUCGAGAGAACAGAGAUAAAUUUGAAGCGUUUAUAGCUGGAUCGUUUGAAGAGUAUUUAAAACGUUUGGAAAAUCCACAGGAGUGGGUUGGAGAAGUGGAAAUCAGUGCCCUUUCUCUUAUGUACAGGAAAGAUUUUAUAAUUUAUCGGGAACCAAAUGUUUCUCCGGCACAAGUAACUGAAAAUAAUUUUCCUGAAAAGGUAUUAUUGUGUUUUUCAAAUGGAAAUCACUAUGAUAUUGUAUAUCCCAUACAGUAUAAAGAUAGUUCUGCUAUGUGUCAGUCUCUCCUUUAUGAAUUGCUAUAUGAGAAGGUAUUUAAAGCUGAUGUUAGUAAAAUCAUGAUGGGACUAGACACUUCUGAAGUAGCUGAUGGAAACAAUAGUGAAAUAUCAGAUUCUGAAGAUGAUAGUUUCAGGAAGAAAACUACCACUGAUAAUGAUGUGAAUGGAUUUAAAGCUUUGUCAGGCAAUGAGCAUCAGAAGAACAAUGAGAAGCCUACUAGCCUUCCCUUGUCUAGAAAGGUUCUUAAGUCACUCAAUCCGGCAGUCUACAGAAAUGUGGAAUAUGAAAUUUGGCUGAAGUCUAAACAAGCUCAACAAAAACGUGAUUAUUCCAUUGCUGCUGGUUUACAAUAUGAAGUUGCAGAGAAAUGCCAAGUUAGGUUGGAUCACAAUGGAAAAUUUUCUAACACAGACAUUAAAGGUGUUCACUCUGAGAAUGGACCAGUUCCGGUGGAAGAACUGGGAAAGAAACAUGCUGUGAAAAACCUCAAACCACCUCCCCCAGAAAGUUGGAACACAGUGUCUGGAAAGAAGAUGAGAAAACCAUCAGCUUCGGGGCAAAGUUUCCAUUCUGAUACGGAUUACAGAGGGCCAAAGAAUCCAAGCAAGCCAACUAAAGCCCCGUCAGCACUACCUCCUCGGCUCCAGCAUCCUUCAGGAGUAAGGCAGCAUGCAGGGGCCCAGUCACAGAAAUCGUCCACUGAACACAAAAAUCUUAACAGGAUACCCUCCCAGAUUAUAAGAAAACCUGAUCGUGAGAGAGGUGAGGAGUUCGAUCACAUGAGUCGAGAAUCUCAUUAUUUUGGCCUCUCCCCUGAAGAGCGCAGAGAGAAGCAAGCUAUAGAAGAAUCUCGUUUACUGUAUGAGAUUCAGAACAGAGAUGAGCAGGCUUUCCCUGCCCUUUCUAUGUCAUCAGUCAGUCAAUCAGCUUCUCAAAGUAGCAACUCGUGUGUCCAAAGAAGAUCUUCCCAUGGAAAUGAUAGGAAAGGAAGCAGACGGAGAGUGGACUCAGAAGAACGGAAAGAUAAAGAUUCUGUCCAUGGCCAUACUCACCUGGAUAAGAAACCUGAGCCAAGUACCUUGGAGAACAUAAGUGAUGAUAAAUGCGCAAGAGUUUCCUCACCGUUGAAGUCAAAGAAGUUGGAAUGCCCAUCUCCUGCAGAACAAAAGCCAGCAGAACACGUGUCUCUGUCAAAUCCAGCUCCCAUUCUUGUGUCUCCAGAGGUCCACCUAACUCCUGCGGUGCCUUCUUUACCAACCACUGUGCCAGCCUGGCCAAGUGAACCCACAACUUUUGGACCAACAGGUGUUCCUGCUCAAAUUCCCGUUUUGUCGGUGACACAGACUCUGACCACUGGACCUGAUUCUGCCGUAUCCCAAGCUCAUUUGACACCUUCUCCAGUUCCUGUAUCCAUGCAGGCAGUUAACCAGCCCUUGAUGCCUUUGCCUCAGACAUUGAGCCUUUACCAGGACCCACUGUAUCCUGGAUUUCCUUACAAUGAAAAGGGAGAUCGAGCCAUUGCACCACCUUAUUCACUGUGUCACACUGGAGAGGACCUGCCUAAAGAUAAGAACAUUCUUCGGUUCUUCUUCAAUCUUGGAGUGAAGGCAUACAGUUGUCCGAUGUGGGCCCCACAUUCUUACCUGUACCCUCUGCACCAGGCCUACCUGGCAGCCUGCAGGAUGUACCCAAAGGUCCCUGUCCCUGUCUAUCCUCAUAAUCCUUGGUUCCAAGAAGCUCCUUCUGCUCAGAGUGAAAGUGAUUGUCCUUGUACCGACGCACACUUUCCUAUGCAACCUGAGGCCAGUGUUAAUGGCCAAAUGCCACAGGCAGAGAUGGGACCGCCGACCUUUUCUUCACCCCUGGUUAUCCCUCCGUCUCAGGUGUCUGAAAGUCAUGGACAGUUGUCUUACCCAGCUGAUCUAGAAUCUGAGAAUCCUGGCCAGCUUCUUCAUGCUGAAUAUGACGAAUCACUAAGUGGCAAGAAUAUGUUCCCACCAGCGUCCUUUGGCCCUAAUCCAUUUCUAGGUCCAGUUCCCAUAGCACCUCCUUUCUUUCCUCACGUUUGGUAUGGAUACCCUUUUCAAGGAUUCAUAGAAAACCCAGUAAUGAGGCAGAACAUUGUCCUGCCUUCUGAUGAGAAAGGAGAAUUGGAUCUACCCCUGGAAAAUUUGGAUCUGUCUAAAGAAUGUGAUUCUGUUUCAGCUGUAGAGGAGUUUCCGGAAGCCAGAGGUGAAGGUGCACAUUCUCUUCCUGAAACAAAUGUGAGCAGUAAGCAUGAAGGCCGCGCAGAGCAGUCAUCCCAGACACGAAAAGCAGAGCUGGCACUGGCUUCCAUUCCACCAGUAGCAGAGGCAAAGGCUCAUCUUCCCACUCAGAUUCUAAACAGAGAGAGAGAAAUUCAGCCAGUUGAACCUGAAGCUAAAAGGACCAUUCCAAGUCUGAAAGAAAAACCAGAAAAAGUGAAAGAUGCUAAGACUGCUGCUGACGUGGUCAGCCCUGCGCCCAGCGCUGCGGAUAACAGAGUGCAGAGACCAAAAGAAGAGAGUUCAGAAGAUGAGAAUGAAGUAUCUAAUAUUCUGAGAAGUGGCAGAUCCAAGCAGUUCUAUAAUCAAACUUACGGAGGCAGGAAGUACAAAAGUGAUUGGGGCUAUUCUGGUAGGGGUGGAUAUCAACACGUUAGAAGCGAGGAGUCCUGGAAAGGACAGCCGAGCAGAAGUCGGGAUGAAGGGUAUCAGUACCACCGCAACGUUCGAGGACGCCCCUACAGGGGAGAUAGGAGGCGGUCCGGGAUGGGAGAUGGCCAUAGGGGGCAACACACUUGAUGGCUGUUGCUGGAGACUUUGAGGGCAGAAACCCUUUGUGAGGUGGAAUGUUUCUGAAGGCUUUAACAAAUACAUUAAAAUAAAAAUCCAAAUUGGAACUGUCUUCUCCCCUCCCCAUGUAGCUUUGCUCCUAUUCUGGACAAGAGAAAUUGGACAGACCUCAAGGGGCAGGUGUAUUUCUGGCAUUGCCACUUCAUUCAUUGUCUUUGAUUUAUCAGGUGACUUUUCCCUUAACGAUUAGGAAAUAAGUUUGUUAAAGUAUUUUUUAUAAACAGCUUAAUAUAAAACAUUAUAGAUUUAGUGUUUUAUUUUCCUUGUAUAAGUUUGAUUUGAUUUUAAUGUUGGAAAUGUGUGCUUUAUAGUGUUUAAUAAAGUGACACGAAAAUACACCAUUUGACACACUAUAGAUUCCAAAACAUAACAUUGCACCAAAUAGAAAUUAUGCAAUGCCUUAGUCAUAAACUGGGCUCAAAUAAUCCUCAGCCUAAAACACUGUUGUCUUUUAAAAUGCUUCCCACCCAAAGGCCUUUCAUCUCAAUAUCUGUCAAACUUGAAUAAUGUCUUCUCUUUAAUAUUUCACUUUGGCAGCCUAUUACCCAUGUCUUAGAAAUGUUGUAAAUAGUUCUUUUAAUAUUAAUAGGGUCUAUUUUUAAAUUUUGGUGAGCAUUUGUUGAGUUUGAGACUGCAAACAAGAAUAGAUGUUUAGGAAAUAGUAGGAAAUCCACUGAAAUCGCUGUUUCCAACAAGAAUUCUCAGCACUGGUGUAAAUAUCAUGGUGCCUAUUUGAAAGUUACGUAGAUGCUAUGCAUUUCGAAAAUAAUCUGCAUCUGUUAAAACUGCAGAAGUUUUUUAAUGCCACUUUAACACUAAUGCACUGACAGAUUCUAAAUAUUUAGAGAAGAAGUGUUAACACUUUGGCUUGACAGGUAUCUGGAGCGUCCCUGUGUUUUGUUUUCUUGCCCCAUUCGUUAUAUGUAUCACUUUACAUUUGCAUGUUCAACUUGUCAUGGCUGGAAUUAUUGUACAAAAAGAUGAUUGUGACUUCUAGGUCUUUUCUAGAGGAUGCUGCUAGAGAAUGGUUUUGCUUUGCAUUUUAGUGUUUUUUACCCUUAGGUUACUUUUUUUUUUUGUAAAAAAAAUCUUGUUUCUGUCCUUGCAGUAUUCACCAGAGGUUUGCUUUGCAUGUUGUACUCUAUUCUUUGGACACUUUUCUCUUUUGGACUGCACAGUAUUCAUUCAUCUGUGUUAAUUUUGUAAAGUUAACUGUUGCUUGUAUUUCUUUUGUACAUACCAAUGUGAUGAUCUACCUUUUUUAUGUUGAUCACCUUUGUAUCUAGUUUGAGUGCUAUGCAGAUAAUCUAGACUAAUUUGUCUUUGCAUGCCAUGUGUAAUCAUACUUAGCCAAAACUAGAUGUGGUGGCUUUGCGUGUGUGUGUUUUAAAGCAGAUUAUUUUAAAAGCAAAUACAAUUCACUUGAAUCGGAUGGAUUAAAGCAGAUUUUUUUUCUGGGUUCUCUGCUGACCUAUAGGAAAGUCUGGAUGCCAGCUUGGCUCAGUGAAUCUCCACUGUACUGUAAUAAUGGUUAUUUACCUCUGUGCUAGCUUACCUAAUGUCUGUGUAACUGCUGAUUUGCGUAGUGAUUAGUGUUUAGAUAUUUUGUAACAUAGGAUUUUAGAGAGCACUUUGAAAGACAACAUUUUAUUAUGAUGGUGCUAGGUAAAAUUUUGAAGAGUGAAAUGGUUGUGUGACAAAAUUUCUUGGGGAGAAUCUGUGGAUAGGAAUUUGUUGUCACCUGACAAGCUAGACCAUUUUUGAAGGUACUGCCUAAGCCAAUUGUUUGUUACUAUCAGUGGCUGAAUUAUGGAUGAGAUGUUUAGAGGGUCCUCUACUUUCAACUCAUGCUUUUUUUUAGUGUAGGAUUAGUGUACCUGUUCAUUAUUGUGAAAAUCACAUUCUGAAAUGAAUACCGAUUUAAAAGUUGAAUAUGUUUGAUCUCAGGAGUCCAAAAGAAGUGUCUGUUUCCAGUUUCCGUCAUUACACUUACUGGGGUUUGUGCUCAGUUUUCUGGAAAUGAUCAGAAAUUGGAUGGGGAAAGAAUGCUUAACUUUCUUCACUGUCUUACCUCAAUUGAGUAACAAUACUCUACAGCUCCUGAAGGAAACACUGAUUUGCUCCCUGUUUCCUGGAUCUCACCUCUAGGGCAUGAUGGAAACAGUGCUGAAUGGUACUUUUCUCAGUGACCUCUGGAAUAACAGAAUUCUGAAUUUUGUUAGAUUUUAAAACUUUAAUCUUUGCAUGAAGGUCAGUUUUGUUUCUUCCUUUAGGUUUGUUUUUAAAUGUCGUAGUCUAGUGGAUUUUGCCUUGUGCUGAGGUCAAACUAGGGCCAGGCAGAUGGACAUACUGUAUGUGUUGGCACGAGAUUUUCUGUGUAAGAAAAAAUGAUGCAAGAGUAUAGAACUGAAUCAUUGGUAUUUGAUUUGGAAACAACAAAACUUUAUUCAUACACAUUUUGAAGAAUAAGUGUUUAGACUGACCAAAGCUCACCUGUCCUUUUUCAGUUAGGUGCUUUUGUUCAACUUGAUCUUGGCUCCCUUGUGGUGUAGUAUGUGUAUCUUCCAGGUUUUUCCCCCUCAGACGUACCUUUAACUCUUACCGGUGGCAGGAUGUUUGUGUCUUUUACUCCCAUGCUGUUCCUGGUAACCUGCAGAUUCACUGUUUUAUAGACCCAAGCUCAGACCUUGUCUUUGAACUGGCACAGAUUAGGUUUUCUCAAACCACAGUGCUGAUCCAGCUUAUUUGAUGCAAACCCUAUAUUCUUACAGUGUGUUCUUUCCUUUGUGACUCAAGGGUAAAUUAAAUGCCUGUGAACUGCAAACUCGCGUAUGAUUGACUUGGUGCAAUAAAAUUCUAACCAUUUCUGGUUUAGGAAAUGUUCAGCCAUCUUAAAAACUAGCAAUAUUUAUUUUUGCCUCACUUGUUUUACUUUCAGUUGUCUUUCACUUAUGGGUACUUAAGCAAGGUCCAUUCUAGUGUAGCUGAGGGGAAUGUAUAUUUGGCUACACUGUUUCCUGUUUACUCUUGUUUGCUCACUGUUUUGUCUAAAUGCUAUUGUUUUGGUUAACUCUUAAUGGCUCACUUCCAGUGCAUCAGUUUCAAAGAACUGAGGUUUUGCUACUAGUGUUAGCUAUUUAAUCUCCCACUAUAAUUUUCCUAAAGAAUUUUUCCCCCCAAGAUAAGUUUUAGAAAAUCAUUUAUGGGGUGGGUGCAUGUCUUAAUGCUGAGAAGCAGUGACUUUGGGGCUGAAUUUACUUGAAUGGAUUAAAAUUGCAUUUGUUACAGAGCUAGAAAAAAAUGUAUGGGAAAUGAUAAUAGCCUUACACUGAGUAAAAUAAUACGUAAAAGCAUGUGAAGAUGUGAUCAUUUGUGAUGUUACUUGUAAAAAAAAGUAUAUAUAUAUAUAUACAUAUCUUUUGAAGUGUUGAAAGGAACAUAGUACUUUAUAUUCUUUAUCAUAUCACCUUUUGUAAGUGUUGAAUAUAUUCCUGUUUAUUUUUCUAUGUUCUGUUUUGUAGCCUUAAGAAGUGUUUCAAACAUAUCUGAAUGUAUAAAAUAAGAGUAAAUGCCCUACAUGGUGUGAUGCUGCAUUAUAUAAAAACUGUGUGCAUAUAUUAAAUUUUGUCUCCUGAA